AUGUCCGACGCGGAGGUGGAGUGCCAGCCGUGCGACCCGGCCCCGGAAACCCAGGAGCUCCCAUCCUCCGCCGCGGCGGGCCCCGGACCAAUCACGGACGCGGACAUGGAGAAGAUGCCCUCCGUCUGCAUCGUCAUCGGCAUGGCGGGCAGCGGCAAGACCUCGCUCAUGCAGCGCAUCAACGCCUACCAGCACACCAAGGGCGAGGUCCCGUACAUCGUCAACCUCGACCCGGCGGUGGGUAAGCUCCCGUACGAGGCGAACAUCGACAUUCAGGACACGGUCAACUACAAGGAGGUGAUGAAGGAGUACAACCUCGGGCCCAACGGCGGGAUCCUGACCGCCGCCAACCUGUUCGCCACGCGCUUCGAUCAGGUCGUCGGCCUGUGCGAGAAACGUGCCGCGGACAUCGACCACGUGUUCGUGGACACCCCAGGUCAGAUUGAGAUCUUCACGUGGUCGGCGUCUGGCGCCAUCGUCACCGAGUCGUUCGCGUCGACGUUCCCGACGUGCGUGCUGUUCGUGGUUGACACCCCGAGGGCGCAGAACCCGCAGGCGUUCAUGAGCAACAUGCUGCAGGCGGUGAGCAUCCUGUACAAGACGCGUCUGCCGAUGGUUGUGGUGUUCAACAAGAUCGACGUCGUGCGGCACGAGCAGAUGCUGGAGUGGAUGGACGAUUUCGAAAAGUUUCACGAGGUGGUGGACCAGGACAAAUCGUUCGCCUCCGACCUCUCCCGCUCGCUGUCCCUGGUGCUGGACGAGUUUUAUAAGACUUUGAGGCGCGCGGGCGUGAGCGCCAUGAGCGGCGAGGGCAUGGAGGAGCUCUUCGACGCCAUCGGGCGGUGCCGGAAAGAUUACCUCGCCGAGUACUGGCCGGAUCUGCGGCGACGGAAGGAGAAGCUCAAGGCGGAGGACGAGAAGCGCAGGGCGGACGCGCUGGAGAGGAUGCGCCGGGACCUGAAGUCGGGCGGGGAGCGCGUGGUUCUCGACAUGGAGAGGCUCAAGGUGAACGAGGCGGUCCUGGCGGCGGACGAGCCGCCCGCGCCGGGCUCCGAGCUCGAUUAG